AAAUCUAUGCUGCGAUUAGAGCUCUUGAAAUUUGUGAUAAAAAAGAAAAUUUAAUCUUAAAUACAGACAGCAAUUAUAUUAUCAUUUCUAGAGAUGUUAAAAAACCAAAAACUAAUUUUGAUUUAGUUAAUAGAUUCAAUGAUUUGAUUAAGGAACGUGAAGGGAAAACUUAUUUAAAACAUGUGAAGGGAUAUAGUGGCAUUUACAGGAAUGAACAAGCUAACAAACUUGCAUAUUUAGGUUUAAAAAAACCAAAUGUUAAAUUGAAUUUACCAGAACAUAAAAAUACUAUCAAAGGACACAUAACUGAAUAUAUUCAAAUCAAGUUGAGCGAUAAGCAAAAUGCUCUUUUUGAUAAAGAAUAUCAAGAAUUUCUUAAGCGACAUAAAUUUGUUCUCGAUAAGGCCAAUAAUAUCAUCAAAGAAACUAAUGGAGAAUAUUUACUUGAAUUACUUUAUGAAAUUAAAUUAGCAAAUAUCAAAUUUAAAAAGAGUUAUUCAUUUGAUUUACGUAAAU